AACGUUUAUUUUAAAUAACAGUGCCGUCUUCCGUAUUAAACAUUUACAUUUUGCACAUGCACAUACGUUUUAUAUAAAGCAAAUUAUAAAUGAAUGUUUUUGCUGCGCGUCUGCGCUGCCGAGUUUAUUAUGAUUCUACAGAUUUUGUAGCAAUUAAUUAAUAUUCAGUUUUUUCAAUUGCCUUUUAUGUCUGUUAUCAAGUCUAAAUUAGAUUUUGAGAAUAUUAGAUGGCGUUUCCGCAGCCUAAUGCUCAGAGAGAACUGACCAAUAGAAAGAUUCUGGAGGAACUCCAGUUGAAGAAGCAAAUGUUACUGAAGCAAGGGCCGGUGCCUCCGUUGACUGCUACUGCGAUCAGUUUAACACAACCUAGCCCGGUCAGCCAGUUGCCCAUGUGCUCAAUUCCACCUCUUACUGCAACUGCUACUCCUCAUUUGGAAACCAGAUACUGCCAGUCCUUCCAAGGUUUGACAGCAAGUGAAAUGGGGGCUGUGAUGAAGCUGAAGAUCUUACAGAGUCACCUCCAGGAUUUGACUGGAUUUACAAAGCCAAAAGUACAACUUGAACAAUAUGAAACCCCAGCACAUAUUGCAGCUGCAGCCCUAUAUACAAUCCAGACACAAUUUGAAGCCCUGGAAAACAGACUAGUUUUGGAUGCGGGCUGUGGUACAGGCACGCUUUCACUUGGCGCAGCAAUGCUUGGUGCAGGUGUAGUUACAGCAGUAGACAUUGACGAAGAUGCUUUAGAGAUCUUUCGAGAUAACGUUGACAUAAAGGAUCUGACAAAUAUUAAUGCUGUACAAUGUGAUUUUUUGAAUGCUGAUCUUUGGAGAUGGGAAAAAUAUUUUGACACUGUAUUGAUGAAUCCACCAUUUGGUACCAAGAACAAUGUUGGCAUUGACAUGAAAUUCCUUCAAAUGGGCAUUCGUCUCAGCUGUGACAGUGUUUACUCUUUACAUAAAUCGUCCACUAGAUCCCACAUACAAAAGAAGAUCAAAGAGUGGGGUGUAAAGGGCAGUGUAGUAGCAGAGUUACGUUACGACCUUCCAGCGACAUACAAGUUCCACCGGCAACAAUCUCGCGAUAUUGCAGUCGACCUCUGGCGGAUACACAAUUUGCAUUUAUAGUUACGCUAUGUUAUCUUACCUACGUUAUCUUUAUUUACAUCCUUUUAUUUUACAAAAUUUAACAGUUAUUUCCUUGAUGAAAUAAAUAUUUACCUUAGUUGGAAAUAGAGUAUAGAAGAGUAUACUGGCGUUACUUCAUAACGCCAGUCUUUGACAUUUAUAGAAAAGAAAAGACUGCUAAAAUAUGGCUAAAAUACAACACAAUGUUAAAGCAAUCAUCUCAUUGUCUAAAUUUGUAAACCUCGGAACCUCCAGUGAAUUUCGAGUAGACACAAAAACAGGAUUACUAGAAAUUAUUAUAUUACAAUCUAUGAUUAUACCUUUAUUUUAUAAUUUGAAAAAGGUCUACAAAUUAUAUUUUAAGCGUUAAUUGCCAGAUAUUGUUGAAGCUUGAAGGGUAAAAAAGACAUUUCGUCCAAAAACGGAGU